CAAAAAUUCCAGUGGCCACGGCGGACUGUUACACCAAACUUCGACGGACUUCUCAACGCCCUUUCUUCAAACAUCUCUCCCAAACUCCCAGCUACCGCCUUCCUUUCACUCCUCCCCUCUUCAGCUCUUCGCUUCCUUCAAUCACCGGGGAAGAAAUGCAGAGCGCCGCCUUCACCACCUCCCCUUCCUUCCUCCGUCCGCUCCGGACUUCCCCGCCCACCAACAACCCUAGGUUGGGCUUCCGCUUCAACCCAAUUCGAGCUACCGGCCGGAACGAUCUCGGCGCUGCUUCCUCCAGCAAUGUCGUUUUCCCCCGCCGGUCCUGGUCCCUCGGCUCCCCUGCCUCCUCCAAGCUCCAACUCAGGCCAUGGAACCCUCUGCCUCCGCUUGAGAAGAGGGCGGAACGGUUCGAGGUGAAGGCUACUGCUGAGGCCGCCGGUGAGGAAGACAAGUCCUCUAGCUUCACCAAGACUUUGGUGCUCGGAUCGUUGUUUGGGCUUUGGUACCUGUUCAACAUCUACUUCAACAUCUACAACAAGCAGGUCUUGAAAGUCUUCCCUUAUCCCGUAACGAUUACCGCGAUCCAGUUUGCUAUGGGUACUGCUCUUGUUACUUUCAUGUGGACUUUCAACCUCUACAAGAGGCCAAAAAUUAGUGGCGCUCAGCUUGCUGCAAUCGUGCCUCUUGCGGUUGUACACACGCUUGGUAAUCUCUUCACUAACAUGAGUCUUGGGAAAGUGGCCGUUUCGUUCACUCACACUAUCAAAGCUAUGGAGCCAUUCUUCUCGGUUCUUCUCUCUGCAAUGUUCCUUGGUGAGUUUCCUAGUCUUUGGGUGGUUUCUUCUCUUUUACCAAUUGUUGGCGGAGUGGCACUGGCAUCUAUGACUGAAGCCUCAUUCAAUUGGGCUGGUUUUUGGACUGCAAUGGCUUCCAAUGUGACCAAUCAAUCUCGUAAUGUCCUGAGCAAAAAAGUCAUGGUGAAGAAAGAGGAUUCUAUGGACAACAUCACCCUCUUCUCAAUCAUAACAAUUAUGUCAUUUAUUUUGCUGGCUCCUGUGGCUCUCUUUAUGGAAGGUGUCAAGUUCACUCCAGCUGCCCUCCAAUCCGCUGGAUUAAACGUUAAACAAGUGUGCACUAGGUCACUUCUUGCUGCUCUAUGUUUCCAUGCCUAUCAGCAGGUUUCCUAUAUGAUAUUGCAGAGGGUAUCACCUGUAACCCACUCAGUCGGCAACUGUGUGAAGCGAGUGGUGGUCAUUGUGAGCUCUGUUAUAUUCUUCCAGACACCUGUUUCACCUGUCAAUUCUCUAGGCACCGGGAUAGCUUUAGUUGGAGUGUUCCUAUACUCGAGAGUGAAGAGCAUUAAGCCAAAGCCAAAGCCAAAGGAAGCUUGAAAACGUGUUGUGGAUAAAUUUUGUUUUUGCGGAAUUGGGGUUUCUUUCGUUCGUUCGUUGAUAGCGCCAUUGUUAUAUGUUUUCUUGCAUUCGAAGGAACGCAACUGUUUCAGACCAAGCGAGGAACUUCAGGGUUAGGUUGUGUAUGUGUGUUUUUCUUGCUCUGUUUUUUUUUUUUUUUUUUUUUUUUUUUUUGGUGUUUGAUCCCCCAUUUUGAGGACGAGGAUAUUGUGAUGUGGAGGUGGCUUAGCUGGGUUAGGGUUUUUACUGAGAAUAAUUGUACACAACCUGGUUAGCGCAAAUUUGAGUAGGGGAAAUAUCUCGGUUGGCAAAUUUCUUUGGCAAGUUGUACGUUUGGUGUUAUUGGACCACUGCACAGGCGUUGUUUUGUGUCUAUUGGUUCUUGUCCUUGAAUCUGGCCGGUAAAAGGUCCUGAUUCAUGCGUAGUUUCCAUGCAAAAUAUUUUUUUCUAGAGGUGGGCAACGAGAAACGAGUAUUUGGGUAUACCCAUACCCGUUCCUUUUUUUAAGGGUUACGGGUACACAUAUUACCCGUAAUAUUAUAAACGGAUGGGACUUUGGAUUGUGCAUUCCUAAUAUGGGUACCCGCAGGUUACCCGCGAAUACCCGUUUAGGUAAUAUGGGUACCUGUUAUACCCAUUCAAUACAAAUGCAGAAAUUUAAUUUAGCCCAACCCAAUUCAAAAUCCAUUGGUCAUUUCGGCCCUUACCCUUUCAAUUUCAAUUCCAUUUGGGCCCUUACCCUUUCACUGACAUGUUUGGUGAAUUCGUAGAGAGAGUUGGGAUGUGUUUGAAAUGAGGCAACGGGUGUCCAUUUACAGUCUGGGAUCAUUGUGUACUUAAUUAAGGAACUUGGAUCAUCCCAAUAUUGCUCCUAAUUAUUCUUCUUUGCAGGACAGCAACAAGUGAAGGACAGUUGCAACUGCAGAAGGGAGAAUAGCAGCAGCCUGCAGAAGGGAGAACGACAUUAGCAAUAGCAGUCUGUAGAAGCAGCGGCGGAUCCAGAACACAGAAGUGCACUAGGCUUCAUUUUAUUAGAAAAAUAGAAUAGUAAAAAAAAUAUAAUGAUUAUAAUUUUUUUACAAUGUAAAUUGUACACGACGGUAUUUUAAUUUAGCGAAUGCAUUAAUAAUAGAGUCUACGUCCAUACCAAUAGUAUACACUAUUUCAAAUAAAAUACUUGAGCAAUCGACUAGAAAUCCAUCGCUCAUUUUGUUGCGCAAAUCAAUUUUCACAUGUUUCGUUGUUGAAAAGGUUCUAUUCGUAUUAGCUGUUGAAACGAGGAGCAUCAACACUAGACAAAUCAAUCUACUAAUCAAUUUGCAUUGUGUAUCCAUCUCUAUAUCCACCAGCUGCUCUAGUAAAUUUUCCAAGGUAACAAACCUCAUAUAUGUUUUAGUCUUUUACGUUUUAAACUUUUUGAAUUUUUAGGUUUCAUUAUUUUUUUUAGACGAAUAACCUUUGGGGUUAGAAUUUAUAAGCUAAAUUUAGAGUAGUGAAUUUGAAUAUGUUCAUCUGAAUUAUUUUUCUAAUUAUACCCAAUCUUAUUUUAAAAUAACAACGACCCGAAUAUCUAAAAUCGAAAAAUUCAUAAGGCCUAUACUAACUAUGGAUCCAGAGGAGGGCUGGGCCGGGGCCCGGGGUGGCCACCCCCUGGAUCCGCCACUGUGUAGAAGGCAGAAAUGUAGUAGCAGCAGCUUGCAGAAAGUAGCAGCAUGCCUCCCAUUUGGUUGUGUUGAAUGAAACUUCUUUUUUGAUAAUUUGGUGCUUGGAAUGAUUUACUUCUAUGUGUUGUGAUUGUUCACGAAUGUGUAAUUUGCAAACCAAGUAUUUGUGAUUGGGAUGUAUUUUGUGUCUUGUGAUUGUUAAGCAAAUACAAGUUAAGUUUAAAC